CGUCAAGCUGUGGACGAAGUGGGCGGAAGAAGGACCGCCUCGUCCUCAGCACGCAGGCUCGUCGAGUGCGAGCGUCGAGGACAGAGGGGAGCGCAUGCUGCUUGCUCGGCUGCACUGUCCAGCAGACACGCGCACGCGAGUGCGAGCGAGAGGCCGAGCAUUGAGGAAGAGGCGGACGAGGAGGCGGCUCGAGUUGUUCUCGGCCGCCACGAGCCAGCAGCCGCACUUGCUGCGGACUAGGCCAGUGCAGUCGCUCAGCAGGAUCCAUCUGACCCGCCUCCAGCCGUCGCGAGCCUCGCACGCGCUCGCCCCGACUCGCCCCGACUCGCCCCGACUCGCCUCCAUCCUCAUCAUCACCAUGUCGAGUGAACCCCCCAAGAAGAAACGCAAGCUCCCCGCCCUCGACGCGUCGUUUGACGAGCCAGCGCGCACGGCCGACUCGCCAGAGCUUCAUCAAGGGCGCAAGCGCGCCGUGCCCCAUCAACGCGGCCUGUGGGCGGCCCACGUCUUCCUCGAGCUCGAGCCGAGCACGGGCUUGAGCAAGGUCCUCAAGAAGGCGACCGUCGACGCAGCUGCCGCAGCACCCGACGACUCGACCGUCCACUCUCUUCUCUCGCCGUCCGCCGCCGACAAGUGCAAAAGCGAUGCCCCAUCAGCCAUCGAUGCAGGCGACCACUCGAGCAGCGCAGCUCUACAUCUGUCGCUGUCCCGGCCCCUCAUGCUGCAGACGAACCAGCGACAAGAGCUGCGGGCGGCCGUCGCCAAAGUGGCUGCAGCAUCCUCAGGGUUCGACGCACGGUACGCGAGCUUCGGCGUCCUCGAGAACGACGACAAGUCGAGGCGCUUUCUCGGCGUCGAGAUCGGGCACGGCUACGACCAGCUCCUCGCCCUCACGCACAAGCUCGACGCCGAGCUCGAGCGCCUGCGCCUCCCGACGUACUACCCCACCCCGCGGUUCCACACCUCGCUCGCCUGGUCGACCUCGACCUCCCUCUCCUCUCAAGAUCCGCCGUUCGACAACGCUUUCCUCGACGACCUUGAUGCGCGCCUCGGCAAAAAGCUGCGGCUCGAGGGCGAGGUCUUUGCGGCCGAGCUGUGCGUCAAGGUGGGCAAGGAGACGGCGCGGUAUCGAUUGACAGGGUCGGGUGAAGGAGUGCAGGGUCUACGAUGUGCGGGAUGACAGGGCGGGAUAUCGCAGAGGCUCGGGUAUAAGUAACGAGGGAGGAGAGGAAGGAGGGGGUCUAGAUGGGGAGCGACGCGAGCUUGGUGAACCACUUUGACACGAUCGCCUUGCCGUUCUCGAGGUUGAGCACCCUGAUGCGCUCGUCGGGCAGGUGGGCCGAGUCGCUGCUCGUGCCCAUCGGGAAGUGGACCGCGUCGGCGCCAAACUCGCGCUCGAGGAAGGGCAGCGACGGGAUCGAGCCGCCCUCGCGGAUGAAGAGCGGGUCGAUGUUCCACUGCGAGCUGAUGCACGACGACAUGGCGGCGACGUAGGGCGACGACAGGUCGCCGAGCCAC